AGGCGGGUGACGGUGGUACUGAGACGUUUUGGUUAUACAGAGAUAUUUAGCCACUAGGUGAAUUAAACUAGGUGAAACAUUUUAACUCAUGGAAAAAACACGCAUAUUAUGGUGACGACAACACAAUAGACGAAUGAAAAUACCGUAUGUAACUACAACCGUACGACAUUCUGACGUCAUUUCGUCGAAGGCGGAACCAAGCGACCGCUAUAUUUCACAUUUUACCUACGUGCACGGUCACCCCGCACCCGUAAUCCCCGUCCAUACUCCAUAGUCCAUUGUGUAUUUGUGUUUGUUGCGUAUUGUUGCUACUCGCCGUUCUCUUUAUUCAUUCGUAGUCAUCUGGGCUCUAGAUAGCUUUGCAGCUUCGCUGGUGCUGAACACACUCGGACACGACAAAGUUUCCGGCUAUAUUUUCGUUUGCAAUUAUUCGCUGUGGAGGUUUUAAAGACACAUCGUGAUCAUGGAGAUGAUUUCAAGUAGUAAAAACGGUAGUAGUAAGAGAAGUCUUUUGUCUAUCAUGAGUGACUGGCAGUCGGCGUGCAACGGAAACAUCAUCUCCGUGUCGGACGCCGAGUCCUCGCAGUACUCUAUCUCUCUUUGCCCUGGGCCUCAGUGGUGGUCCUGAUGUCCCCCAUGCCGCAAUUGUAGCCAAACACAACAGAGAGGGCAGCAGCGGCAUGGGCAAGCUAAUUCAAUCGGAGCUCUCUGUACUGGAAUCACAACCAGUGCAUGAAUAUGAACUUUUGGAUGACAUUAAAAAUCAUUAUGCGGUACAAAUUACGUUCAAGAUGCAAAUUACAGCCGACGUGGAAAUACAAUGGGAUACCAUUCUAUCUGGCCGCAAACUCUAUAUACAAGUGAGUAUUAAAGUAGGUAAUAGCAUUGACCACGGGUAUGGUAUUUUGCUGUUAUCCACCAAUGUAAUAUUGUACCAAAUAAUAUUUGGUGUCGGGUAUUCAUGGCUAAACAAUUAAUUUUCAGGCUUUACCAUAUAUCAUAGAUAUAUACUUAUUAUAUUCAAUGUUGACAAAUCGGAAUGAAAUUAUAUUCAAGGUCAUAAUAACACACUAUCUGUUUUUGUUUUCAUAAAAAUACAUGGAGUACCUUUUAUAUUGAAAUUAAUAUCAAUUUUUCAAUUCACAAAUGUAAAUGUAUUAUUCCAUAAUAAUUUUUUAAAAAAAUGUCAUUUAAUAAUUGGUUAUUAAAUAUUUAAUUAUAGGUACUUAUUUUUAUGAAAUUUAGAUCUUAUAUUAUGUAAUUUAGCCAAGUACUUAAAAAGUUUAAAUUUUAUUAGUCUUAUACAAAUUCAAUAGGUACCUAAUUGAAUAUAUUUUAUUAUAAAAUUAUUCUUUUUAAAAUUUUUAACAAGUUUAAUUUCUAAUAAUGGAGUUAAAUGUUUUCUCUGCUUUUAUUUGAUUAUUUAGGUUAAAUAAAUAUCUACAAAUAUACUCGUUACACUAUAUGUGAGUAUAUUUGUUUACUAUAUACCUCACAUUAGCGCUCACUAGUUUUGUCUGACAAACCUGAUCCCUUCCUACUGAGUAUUAUAGAUAGCACACACAAUUCCAGUUGGUAGAUAUAAGAAUUCAAAGUAAUGGGUGCUCGGGUUACUUAAGAUCUCAAACUUAGCACACUGCUCACAUUAAAAAAUUAUUAGCUACUUAAUCACUGUUAUCAAUAUUAAAUUUAGAUGAUCCAAAAAUGAAAUGUGGGUAAAUAAUGAACUAAAAUAUUAGGUAAAAAUACUUCAGUAAUUUAAAAUUAUCAUCAAUGUAAUUUUGGUUGAUUAAAAUAAUUAUUUAUGUUAAAUUAAUUCAUUAGUAUUUAAAAAGUAGUAUAAUGAUUUUCCUAAUUAGCUUAUACCAUUGAUUAUAUCAAAUUAAAAAAAAAAUAGUCUUUCAUAAUUUGAUUUUUAGUAAAGGUUUACAAAAAUAUUAUUAAAAAAUAAAAAAUUUUGAGUAAUGAAUUUAAAUACCAAAAUUCUCUAGCGCUCUGGUAUUGGUUAGAAAGUUUACAUUUUUUUUAUAUAUGUAUACAAAGUAUUUAAUCCCUUUUUCACAAUUGUUGUUAAAUCUAAAUUCUCGACCAUUUAUCUAAGCACCACAGAAUUAUUAUUCUAAAACAAGAAAGUGAUAAUGUUAAGUAUUUUUUCAGUUUUUCAUACAAUAAACAUUUUAAAGUAAUAAUUGCUCCCUUAUUUUGUUUCAAAUCCAAAAAUGAUUACUGUACUUUUUUUUUUAUUAAUAUUAUAAAUAUUAUUAAUGUGAAACUCUUAAAGCAUAAUAAUAUUUUAUCUAGGUAGAUACUUUAUAUCAAAUUAUCAUUAGGUGUUGUAGUCUUAAUUCAAAUAGACUGACUGAUAUAAUAUAUCUCCAAGGAUACAUUAAUUAUAAUUAUUUUUUAACUAUAAGAUUGUCAGUAUAGCUAGAACCUUGUUCUGACAGAUAGCCACCGUAAAAAUAAUUUCUACCUGCAUUUUUAAGUAUGUUAUAAAUAUAGUAUUAAAAUAGUGUUUCGAUUUAGUAAAUAUUUUCCUUAAAACAUAUUUAUAAAUAAAGAACUAUUUUUAUAUAAGAUAUAUAAUUAAAAUUAUUGACUUUUGUUUUUUAGGUGGCCGAUGCACAAAGACCAGUUGGAUCUAAAGAAGGUUUUUUGUCUAUGUUGGAAUAUGCAGAACAAUUUUUAAAUGUAUCUCAUAUAAUCGUCUGUUUUGCUAAGAACCAUCCUGAACGUAAUGUACUGGUCAGAGGGUUCAUGUUUUUGGGAUUCGCUUUACAACCUCCCGGGCUCAACAGAAUUGUACCACAUGCUGCUAUUGAUAAUUGUAACCAUUAUAUGGUAUAUGACGUCAAAUCAUAAUUUCCCUAGAUUUUUCUCAUUUUUCAAAAUAAAAUUUCAUUAAAAAAAAAUAACAAGUACUUAAACCGUAGGUUGAAUUUAAUUGCCAAUGCCACCAAAAGCCCUCUUUGUUGCUCUUAACAUCAUCAUUGUAUAAAUUUGAUGCUUAUUUAAUUAUCAAUCAAUAUUUAAGUAGUUUAAUAUUACUUUAUACUUUUAAUCAUUUUUAAACUUAUACUUUGCUCGUGUUACUUACAUAGUUAAUAAUUUGAAUAUAUUUGUUUCAACGAUUUUGUAAUAAAAAUACAACUUUUUUUCUAAUUUCUCAAUUUUUAUUUUUAGAUGUAAGUUAAUAAUUUAUGUUAUUAAAAAGUUUUUUUCAAAAAUUAUAUAUUUAAUUGGGUAUCAAUUUGUGUUAAAUUAUUUUCCUUAUAUUAUUAAGAAUUGGAGAGUUUAUCGAGUGGUCCAAAUGUACUUAGGUAUCAUUAAAGUUGAAGACUUGAAGAUUUUUUUGCUUGUGAAGAAUAUCAGUAUU